AUGUUAAAGGGACAAGUUAUCCUUGGAUGCGGGCAGAGCUCUGCCAACCUGGUUAGCUCAGCCCGUGAACUUGAUCUUUACAUCGCUCCUUCCUCUUUCAAUGAGAUCCAGUUCCUUUCUGCUUUGCUGAUAGUAUGUCUAGCAGCAAUUACCGUGGCAUAUCACCACCAUCCUCAUCAGGAUGAACACCACGAUCAUCACGAGAAGAAACACGAAGAUCAUAUCAUCGACUAUUAUGCCCACCCGAAAUAUGAAUUCCAAUAUGGAGUACAUGACCCUCACACCCACGAUAUCAAGAAGCAAGAGGAAUCUAGAGAUGGUGACGCGGUCAAGGGCUUCUACACCCUCCACGAGCCCGAUGGUACUGAGAGGAUCGUACACUAUACCGCGGACAAGAAGAACGGUUUCAACGCCGUUGUUGAGAGGAAAGGACACGCUAUCCAUCCUCAUGUAAAGGGCUCAACUGAGACUUUCUUUAAACAUCAUCACGAUCACCAUGAAAAAAAUGAACAUCAUGACCACCACGAACAUGCUAAACACGAAAGCCACUAUGAACACCACAAAAAGAAACAUGAGGAACAUUAUAAUCAUCACGAAAAAAAACACGAAGAAUAUGAUAACCAUAAAGACCACUAUGGGCACAUUGGACAUAGUUAUCAUCAUGAAAAGAAGCAUGAAGAACUCGAUAGCCAUCACAAGCAUGAACAUCACGACCACCAUGAAAAGAAACAUGAAGAACAUGGUUACCACGGGCACAUUGGAUACAGCUAUCAUCACGAACACCACGAAAAUAAGCAUGACGAACUUGAUAAACACCAUGAACACCAUCAUGAACAUAUAGGACACAGCAAUCAUCAUGAACAUCAUGAAAAGAAGCAUGAAGAACAUGGUGGACAUCACGAUAACCAUGACCAUACUGGACACAGCUAUCACCACGAACACCACGAAAAAAAGCAUGAAGAACAUGAAACCCAUCACGAACAUGAACAUUACAAUCACCAUGAACAUGAACAUCUUGGAUACAGCUAUCAGCACGAAAACCGUGAUCACCACGAAAAGAAGCAUGAAGAAUAUGAAGACCACCACGAAAAAAAGCAUGAAGAACAUGGUGGCCAACACGAUUAUUAUGAACAUACUGGACACAGUUAUCAUCACGAUCACCACGAAAAGAAGCAUGAGGAACAUGAAAGCCAUCACGAGCCUGAACAUCACAAUUACCAUGAACAUGAACAUAUUGGAUACAGCUACCAGCACGAAAACCAUGAUCACCACGAAAAGAAGCAUGAAGAAUAUGAUGACCAACACGAACACCACGAAAAAAAGGACGAAGAACAUGAAGACCACCAUGGACAUCAUGACCACCACGAACAUAUUGGAUACAGCUAUCACCACGAAAACCACGAUUACCACGAAAAGAAGCAUAAAGAAGAUGAUAGCCAUCACAAAUACCAUGAGGAAAAGCAUGAAAAACAUGAAGCCCACUAUGAACAUGAAGGACACAGUGAUCAUCACGAACAUCAUGAAGAAUAUGACGCACAUCACGACCAUCAUGAGCAUAAAGGAUACACCUAUCACCACGAAAAGAAACAUGGAGAACAUGAAGGCCAUCACGAGGAUAAACAUGACGACCAUCAUGAGCAUGUUGGAUACAGCUAUCACCACGAACACCACGAUGACCACGAAAAAAAACAUGAACAUGAUAGCCAUCACGAACAUAAAGAUCACGACCACCAAGAUGAAAACGAAAAGAAACAUGAAGAUCACUAUGGCCAUCAUGAACACGAAGGACAUCAUGAUGACAAGAAGCACGAAGAACAUGUCGUUGACUACUACGCCCACCCAAAAUACAAGUUCGACUACAGCGUCCAUGACCCGCACACCCACGACAUCAAGAAGCAAGAGGAGUCUAGAGAUGGUGACGUGGUCAAGGGCUUCUACACCCUCCACGAACCCGAUGGUACCGAGAGGAUCGUCCACUACACCGCAGACAAGAAGAACGGUUUCAACGCCGUCGUAGAGAGGAAAGGACACGCUAUACACCCUCAUGUAAAAGGAUCUACUGAGUCUUUCUUCAAACACCAUGGACAUUCUGAAAGUUCUGGAGGUUCAAGUAGCGAUCACCACUAG